AUGGCAGGAGGAGGUGAUGAGCUGAAGCUGCUGGGCAUGUGGGCGAGCCCGUUCGUCCUACGGGUGAAGCUCGCGCUCAGCUUCAAGGGCCUGAGCUACGAGUACGUAGAGGAGGACCUCCGCAACAAGAGCGGCCUCUUGCUCAGCUCAAACCCAGUGCACAAGAAGGUGCCCGUCCUCAUCCAUAACGGCAAGCCCGUCUGUGAGCCGCAGGUCAUCGUGCAGUACCUCGACGAAGUCUACAGCGCAACAGGCCCCUCCUUCCUCCCCGUCGACCCUUACGAACGCGCCAUGGCGCGCUUCUGGGCCUCCUUCAUUGACGAAAAGUUCAUGGCGUCGUGGUUAAAGGCAGGAAGGGGCAAGACGGAGGAGGAGAGGGCGGAAGGGCUGAAACUGACGUUCGCGGCCGUAGAAACCUUGGAAGGGGCGUUCAAGGAGUGCUCCAAGGGAAAGCCCUUCUUCGGAGGCGACAGCGUCGGCUACCUGGACAUCGCGCUCGGGACCCUGGUAGCGUGGAUGCACACCGCCGAGGUGCGUCACGGUCUCAGGCUCUUCGAUGCCUCCAGGAGUCCGCUGCUGGAGAAGUGGGUGGAGCGCUUCGGCAAGCUGGACGAGGUCGUGGCUGUCCUGCCGGACAUCGACCGGUUCGUAGAGCACGCCAAGAUGAGGGAGGCCGAGGUUGCAGCUGCUGCCGGAAACAACUGA